AUGGAUCCUCUCAGCACAGCAAACGUUGAAUUUUGCCUUGAUGUGUUCAAAGAGCUGAACAGGCACAACGUAGGAGAAAACAUCUUCUUUUCACCACUGAGUCUGCUUUAUGCUCUAAGUAUGGUUCUCCUUGGGGCCAGAGGAAACAGUGCAGGGCAGAUGGAGAAGGUGCUUCACUUUAAUCGUAUUGCAGAAUCCUUAAAACCAGAGUUCAAGGCCUCAGCUAAGUGCAGCCAAGCUGGAAGGAUUCAUUCAGCGUUUGGAGUCUUAUUCUCUCAAAUUAACCAGCCAGACUCUAACUAUACCCUCAGCAUGGCCAACAGACUCUACGGGACAAAGGCGAUGAUGUUCCAUCAGGGUAAAAGCGUACUUGUGGAAAUGAUGUAUCAAACGGGAACAUAUAAAUUAGCCUUCAUAAAGCAGCCGCGGAUGCAAAUUCUGGAGCUGCCCUACGUGAACCACAAACUAAGCAUGAUUGUUCUGCUUCCCGCGGGCACGGCCAGCCUGGAACAGAUAGAGAAACAGCUGAACAUGAAGACGUUUUACGAGUGGACCAGCUCUGCUAACAUGGUAGAGAGGGAAGUUGAAGUGCAUAUCCCCAGGUUCAAACUUGAAAUGAAGUAUGAGCUAAAUGCUUUGCUAAACUCCCUUGGGAUGACAGAUGUCUUCAACGAAAUCAAAGCUGAUCUCUCUGGAAUAUCACCAGCCAAAGGCCUGCAUUUAUCAAAGGUCAUCCACAAGUCAUACGUGGAUGUCAAUGAAGAGGGCACCGAGGCAGCAGCAGCUACUGGGGACAGCUUCGUUGUAAAAAGACUCCCCAUCCGAGCUCAGUUCAUGGCGAACCACCCUUUCCUGUUUUUCAUAAGGCACAUCCCUACCAACAUGAUCGUCUUCUGUGGCAAGCUCGCCUCUCCCUAA